AUGGGUGGCCUUGAUACGAGAGAUAGCACACUCGAUGCCUUGGAGGAAACCCUCCUGAACAAAUCAGGCGAUGUCCCGCUAGCUCUGAGGUUCCGUGCUCUGUUCUCGCUGAAGGCGUUGGGGACCGAGGGGAAUGUACGUGCGAUCGAGAUCAUCGCGGAGGGGUUAAAGGACGAUUCAGCAUUAUUGAAACACGAGCUCGCAUACGUCCUCGGUCAAACCCGCCAAGAAGCCGCCGUGGUUCCUCUCCAAUUAUCCCUCAAGAACCUAUCCGAAGACCCAAUGGUCCGUCAUGAGGCCGCCGAGGCCUUGGGCGCACUCGGAGACCAGGGCUCCUUGCCGUUGUUGAGGGAGUAUUUACACGAUAAAGAAGAAGUCGUACGUCAAACCUGCGAACUGGCAAUCGAGCGCAUCGAAUGGGAAACAUCCGAGAAAUCCAAGACAGAGAAAAUCCAGAAAAGCGCAUACACCUCCAUCGAUCCCGCUCCGCCCUUACCCCUCGACGGCGACGAGCAUGACGAGAAAGUGGAGAAGUUACAGCAGAAACUGAAUGACCAAUCUUUGAGUUUGUUCCACCGCUACCGGGCCAUGUUCCGUCUCCGCGAUAUCGGCACCCCCGCCGCAAUCGACGCCCUCGCCUCCGGCUUCUCCGAUCCCUCCGCCCUCUUCCGCCACGAGAUCGCAUACGUCUUCGGACAACUCUCACACCCCCACUCCGUCCCUGCCCUCAUCUCCGUCCUCCGCAACACCCGCGAAGAAAGCAUGGUUCGACACGAAGCCGCCGAGGCAUUGGGAAGUGUUGGGACGGCAGAGUGCUUACCCGUGUUGAAGGAGUUUUCGACGGAUGAGGAGCAGGUUGUUAGGGAGAGUUGUGUUGUUGCUGUUGAUAUGUGGGAGCAUGAGAAUUCUGGGGAGGUGGAGUAUGCUGUGUAUGCUCCGAAGGUUGAGGCGUAGAUGUGUGUGGUGAGGGCGUUAGACAAAAAAGAGGGCGCGGGUACGCUC